UUUUUUGAAUAUGUAGCUAGGUAGGGUAUUUUUUUUUAUGUGUGCGGCGCGAGACCCAAGUGGGCGGAAAUGUGUAUGAUCCGAACUAUUGCGUCCUCUGCAUCAACUAUUUAUCUGCUGGAAAACAUUUUUUCGAUCCAUGAUGGUUCUCUCUGUCAUGGUAUCCGAUAAUGUCACAAUUUUUAAAAGCGAGCAAUUGCUGAACUUUUGCAAAGAAAGGGGAAUCUUUCAGAGCUAGCUUUCCAAAAAGAGUUCCAUAUUUCCAUGAAAUUCACACAAAAAUACGGAAUCCCCUUAAUGGAUGUAAACCUAAGCUUCUUCAUUUUUCUUAAACUUUGAGAAAAUACAGAGGAUUAGUUUGAACCUUUAAUUCAGAAUGCUGAAAACUGAAUUCAACGGUUAAAUUACAAGCUCGAACUCUAAAGACCGAAUACAAAAGAAAAUCUUAGUACAAAUAGGUAUUUACACUACAUUCUCAUUGCUCAGAGAGUGAAGGCAAGGAUCAAACCAGAGUUAAACAAAUCUAACGUUGUUGUACGUGAUGAAUCCUCCAAAUCGACCUACACAAAUGCGCACCAUUGGAAAUUUCCAGACAAGUCCGUCGUAAGGCAUUUCCCUGUACCGAUGAACUCGUCGGACAUUUCCUACAUUCGGGGAGCCCAGGAAAAGUGUUUUAGGAAGCCACCACCGGUUAAACCGACGAAAAUUUCGGAAAUGAAAGAAUCCUUUUACCCUUCGUAUGUCAAGUCUUGUUCCGAAGAGGUGCGCCCUCCCGAACCGUAUGCGAAAUGCGAAAUACGAGGGUUGGGAAGGGACGAACAACCGGCGAUCCGUCCUGAAGAGAAAGGAUCUUGGAAAUUAAUGGAUCCAUAUCUUACAACGUCUCGAUCUACCUAUCUACCUUUCACAGUUAAUCAGCAAAAUGGUGUCGCAAAGAAAGACAUUGUGACCUAUUAUGAUGCUUCCAACUUUCCUAAGGUCCCAGAUAACACAAAGACAUCCUAAAGAUAUCUUAAAGAUGUACAUUCCAAGAUGUAACACACAUCUUUAAGAUAUCUUGUAUUUCCAUAAAGACAUCUAUAAGAUAUCUUAAAGAUAUCUUUUGUUACAAAUAUUGAUAUCUUACAGAUAUCUUUCAAAGACAUCUCUAAAACGUCUUUUAAAGACAUGUUUUUAGUAUUCGUAUUGUUGGGUACACCACAAAAAAUUGAUACUUUAUAUACAGAC